CUGCUAUAUCACAGGAUGAAUCAUGUGACUAAAAAAACCAUGCACGUGAUAUGUCAACAACCAAAAAAGAGGUGUGUUCAGACCUGUUGGGUCAAUAAGGAAGUAGCUGUGACGAAUCCAGGAGGGCAAUUGUAGGUGUGGCCUCGAAGUAUCAGCAACACAACAUGAAGGUAGACAGAAUAAAGCCUGAUCCGAACCUGCUCUGCUCUGUCAAAAUGACUGCCUACUUACGGAUGAUGGUGCAGACACUUCUUUUGUGGAUCCUCAUUCUAAAUGCAUCUCUGAGGCUUCCAGGAAGCCAUGGUCAUAUUUUUGAAGAGGGGAAAGACUUUGAGGUGGUUCGACCUAUUAAAAUUCACACUGUGAGAAAAAGACACAUAGAGGGUCUCAGGCCUGAAAGUGUCAAAUAUGCAAUCACAUUGGGAGGAAGAGACAUGGAAAUGCAGCUAGAAAGAAAUACUGAAUUAUUAGCCCAAGACUACACUGAGACACACUACGACAAGGAUGGGACUCGAGUCACCACAACUCCCAGUGACAUUGAUCACUGCUAUUAUCAUGGAAGGAUUUUGCAUGAAAAUGAAUCAUCUGCAAGCAUCAGCACUUGUGAUGGACUUAGGGGUUACUUUAGAACUUCUCAGCAGAUGUACCUGAUUGAGCCGCUCUCCGGUAGCGAUGAAGGAGAUCAUGCAGUGACGACAUUAAAUGACAAGAACUUCACACCCGCAGUUUGUGGAGUCACCAACACCAGCUGGAGUGACGACUUUGAGCCACCAACAAGCCGAAGCCGAUCCAGAUCAGGGGGUAAACCUAUAAUUCAGCAAAUGAAAUACAUUGAGCUUUAUCUUGUUGCUGAUAACCGUGAGUUUGUGAAGUUGAAGCGAAAUCAACAGGAGCUGAGAAAACGGAUAUUUGAAAUGGUCAACUUUGCUAAUUUGGCAUACAAGUCCCUGAGGACAUUCAUCGCUCUGGUAGGAUUGGAGAUCUGGUCCAGAAGUGACCUUAUCACUGUGACCCCACCAGCUGGAGCCAACUUGGGUGCUUUCAUGAAGUGGAGAAACGAUGAGCUGACCAAAAGAAAAAAGCAUGACAUGGCACAUCUGAUCAGUGGAAUUGACUUUGAGGGAGCAACGGUGGGGCUGGCUUACAUUGGAACAACUUGCUCGGGUCACUCUGUUGGAGUCGUACAGGAUCAUAAUGAUCGGGCGAUUGCAGUGGGAGCAACUCUGGCUCAUGAGAUGGGCCAUAACCUGGGCAUGGACCAUGAUGACUCCAGUGCCUGUACUUGUUCUGGGGAUAGCUGCAUCAUGGCUGCAGCACUCAGCUGGAACGUUCCCCGGACUUUCAGUAGCUGCAGCAACAACAACUAUGAGAAAUACCUGACGAGUCGCACCCCUAGCUGUCUGCUGGACAAACCGGACUACAAGAGUCUUGUUGCUUCUGCGGUCUGUGGAAAUGGUUUUCUGGAAGAAGGAGAACAGUGUGACUGUGGCACCAUUGAAGAGUGCACCAACCCAUGCUGCAACGCCACAACCUGCACCCUAACAGUUGGUUCUCAGUGUGCUGAAGGCGAGUGCUGUGAGAACUGCAAGAUCUUGCCUAGAUCCAAGGAGUGCCGCGAAAAGCAAGAUGAAUGUGACCUGGCUGAGUAUUGUGAUGGGAAGAAUGCAGUUUGUCCUGAAGAUGUUUUUGCUGUGAAUGGUCUUCCUUGUGAUGGAGGCAAUGGGUACUGCUACAAUGGCAUGUGCCCUCAAAGGUCAAACCAGUGCAUAAAAAUGUAUGGAUAUGGUGCCACUGAGGCCCGUGAAGGCUGCUAUAACUACAACAAAAGAGGAAUCUACUACGCCUUCUGCAGACGUCCCUCAGAGAACCAGUUCAUACCCUGCCAGCAAGAAGAUGUGUAUUGUGGGAAGCUCUUCUGUGAGAAUGGCCAGGAGAACCCAAACUAUGGCCGCAUGGUCAGGAUUGGUACAUGUAAAGCAGCCUUCUUUGGGAGCCCAAGCCAAGACUACGGCCAGGUGGACACGGGGACUAAAUGUGGUGAUGGAAAGGUGUGCUACCUGAAUGAGUGCAUGGAUCUUGAGACGGCCUACAGAAACAUUAACUGUUCAGCAAAAUGUCCCGGGAAUGCUGUGUGCAAUCACAGAAGUGAGUGUCAGUGUGAGCCUGGUUGGAUGCCUCCAUCUUGCACCUCGAAGGAUGAAGAUUCAAAUCCUCUCUCUAUUGGACCAAUCGUUGCCAUUGCUGUAACGGUCAUACUGGUGGUUUUAGGCAUCAUUCUUGGAGUGGUAGGCUUUGUUUGGAAAAAACGACAAAGUCCCAUUUUGCCAACCACACUCAAUAAGAGGACGCAGCCAGAUGUGCGCUCUACUAACAUCCGAAACACAAGAAUGGCUCCAAGUCAACCAGUGCCAGCUGGAAGGUCAAAGCCCAAAGGAGCCCCUCCUCCACCACCCCCAGCAGCAAACAGACCUAAACCCCAGGGGCAUCCUUACACAGCUGCACGCCAGGCUCUGAGGCCUGUACCACCACCAAAGGUCUGACACAGUGUCACCUACUGGUAACUACAGGAAAUUCAUUCUGUUCUGCAGGGAGGCUGCUGGCAAUCCAAAAAUAGUGAAUAGUUUUUCAAGAAGUUGUGCAGAGUGUGGGAGAGAAAAACAACUUCUAAUUUUUUUACUUCUGCUACACACUGCAGGGUUUUUUUUUAUUACAUAAUUCAUUUUUAAAGCACUUACCAGUUUUAGUACUGUAAUGUAAUGUUUGUAAGUUUAGGCUUCUAAAUUUAAAAACAACCACUGAAUGUCUUAAAUGUGUGGUUAUGCUUGUGCCAGCAUUUUAAAUGGUUUUAAAUGUAUGCAUUUAUUGAAAAUGCUACAAAAAGGGAAUUCAAACAAGGGUACUGCUGAAAAAUAGUCUUUUAGAUUUCAUCCACAAUAUCACACUUAUUCAUUUUCCUUUUUUCCAGUAUUAUCAGUGCACUUUAAGAUAAAAAAAAACAUUUGUUCUGCUAACAGGUUUUCUACUUUUGUGACAUUUUUAUAGUUGUACAUAUAUAUAUAUAUAUAUUGUUUUUUGUUUUUUUACAUUUUUUUUUCUAUAACGAUCUAUUUAAGUCUAGUCCUGUAAUAUCUUUACUAGCCCUUAUUAAUAUUUUUGUUCUUCUCUGUUAUCUGUUCUGCACCAAAAAACAAUUUAAUUCCUUGGAUGUGAAAAUGUACUUGGCAGGAAACCAUGAUUCUUCUAAUUCUAAAAGGAGUCUUUGUUGAAAGAAGACAAUGAAAUAACUGAAUUUCAAGAAUUCAUCAUGUUACUUUCUGCAGGUUGCAGGUAAAAUAAUUAGAAAUCAUCAUUUUUUUCUGUUUGAUUCUACACAUGUCAAAGCAGUUUGUAAACCCAUGUUUUUAAAAGUGCUGUACAAAUAAAGUUAUUAUUAUUAUUAUGUCGGGUAUUCAGACUUUACAAGUAACACACUGCUUUAGACUGAAUUUCAGCUUUAUAAUGUUGCUUUUUUAAUGUUUUUUUAAAUUGCUGUUAAUGCACGCUAGCCACACUUACACUUGGCUUAUGUAAAUGUGCAAUUUUCACAUUAAAAGAAA